GGAUACUAUAAGGGUGGGGUGUGGUUGGUUCUUGUGGCAGGUAAAAGGUGUUAUAUGCAUCUCCUCCGUUACGGUUUCUGUGUGAUGGCUCUCUAUCUCGUGGUUUGGCGUUUUUUUUCUUCUGCCCCUGAGGUAGGUGUUUCGAGGUGUAAAUUUAUCUAUAGCUGGUUUUCUGGUUGCCUAUUUGUUCUGGGUGAGUUCUUGAUUCUCCUUUGCUUCGCAUUUCCACUAUCUCUGACUACUAGCUCAGUGGCGACUGUCACCUGUCUUAGCAUUUACACUGCAUGAUUCGUUAUGAAACUGUAGAGGCAUUGGUUAUGUGAUUUGAUGUUCUCAUAUCGGGUAUGCUAGUACGUUACUAAGUCCAAUGCUAACUCAGUAUCCCCUGCU